AUGGCUACCGAAUUUGACGAUGUCCUCACAAAUCAGCCGGUCGUGCUCGACAAUGGAUCUGGAAUGAUCAAAGCUGGCUUCGCAGGCGAAGAGAAGCCAUCCUGCUACAUCCCUUCAUAUGUCGGCAGACCAAAGCAUCCACGAGUCAUGGCCGGUGCGAUACAGGACAACAUCUUUAUUGGAAGGAGAGCACAGGAACUCCGAGGUCUGUUGAAGAUAAGAUACCCAAUGGAGCAUGGGAUAGUGAUGGAUUGGGACGAUAUGGAGCGGAUAUGGGGUUGGGUGUACUCGGACGGGCUGAAGGCGCUUAGCGAAGAACAUCCUGUCCUCCUGACUGAGGCCCCUUUGAAUCCACGGCAGAAUCGAGAUGUCGCCGCUCAGAUCUUCUUUGAGACGUUCAACGUUCCUGCUUUCUUCACCAGUGUACAAGCAGUACUCAGUCUAUACUCGUCAGGUCGCACAACAGGAAUCGUCCUGGACUCCGGAGACGGCGUAACGCACGCCGUGCCAGUCUUCGAGGGCUUCUCCAUGCCGCACGCAAUACGGAGAAUAGACCUGGCUGGACGCGACGUGACGGACCAGCUACAACUCCUUCUCCGCAAGAACGGCCACUACCUCCACACAUCAGCCGAGAAGGAGGUCGUACGACAGAUCAAAGAGAAGACAUGUUAUCUUUCCCUCAAUCCCGCGAAGGAAGAAAAGGAUAAUGGCGGAGCACUGGGCGAGUUUAGGCUUCCAGAUGGGAAGAUGAUACAGCUCGGCACAGAACGCUUCCUCGCCCCUGAAAUACUCUUCAACCCAGAGAUAAUAGGACAAGAGUACCCUGGGGUACAUCAGGUCAUUGUCGACUCGAUCAACCGGACGGACCUGGACCUGCGGAAAUCGUUGUAUAGCAAUAUCGUCCUGUCGGGUGGAUCGACACUGUGUACAGGUUUCGGGGAUAGAUUACUGGCCGAAGUGAAGAAGCUGAACAAGGAGGUCAAGUUGAAGAUUUAUGCUCCUCCAGAAAGAAUAUACUCGACCUGGAUAGGAGGCAGUAUCUUGGCUGGACUGAGCACAUUCAAAAAGAUGUGGGUAUCGGCCGACGAGUACAAGGAGGACCCGGACAUUAUACAUAAGAAGGCAUUCUAG